CUUCUUCCCCAAGAUGGCGGCUCCCAGCGGGAGGAGCGGCUGGAGCCUGUGGGCCGCGCUGGUGGCCGCCGCCCUGCUGUGCCUGACGGCCCGGGCGGCCGAGGAGCCGAGCUCGGCCGGCUUCGAUGUGCGGCCCGGCGGGGAGGUUCAUUCCUUCUCCCGGAGCCUGGGGGAUUACACCUGCACCUUCACAUACUCAGCUCAGGGAGGAACCAACGAGCAAUGGCAGAUGAACGUUGGAGUCAGUGAAGACAACCUGUUCUCCUGCUCCAUCUGGAGGCCUCAAGGGAAGUCGUAUCUCUUCUUUACCCAGUUUAAAGCUGAAGUGAAAGGAGCCAAGAUAGAGCAUGCCAUGGCUUAUUCUCAGGCUGCAGCGGGUGGACAAAGCGACAUCCCCUUGAAACAGGAAGAGUUUGAAGUCACCAAAACAACAGUGUCUCACAGGGAAGGAAAGUUCCGUUUCGGACUGUCCAAGCUCAUGAUUGUAGCCAAAACACUCCGUGAGGAGCUGUGACCCCAAGGCCAGGCCUGGGCAGGGUGUUUUUGGCCAGAAAUGCACAGCAGAUAAAGAGAAUCACUUUUUAACCACAAAGGGGGGGUUUUUUGGGUUGGCCAAACCUUUUCUGUUCCCCACAUGGAAGUGUGCCAGGGUCCAACUCACGUGGGGCUUGGAGGUGUUACCCACAGAUGCAUUCUGCCUUGUGUCAGAGUAACAAUGUGCUUUGCAGCUGGAAACCUCUGAGGCUCCUGAUCUGCAGCAGCCAUUCUGCCUCUGCUUUGCUUUCUGCUUGGUUGAUCUGCUGAAUAUGGUAACUGCUCCCCUCCAACCCCAGCUCCUUAUCUCCUGGCUUGGAAGAGCAACGCUGAGAGAUAAGUGGCUGGAUUUAAACAAGGCUUUGCUGAAGGAAAGUUGUUAACUCUCUAGUCUCUGGAGGGGAAACAGGAUUCCUCCCCCCACAAGCAUGGCAGGAGGGAGUAAUUCAAUUGGGUGGGAGGGGGAAGGAAGGGAUAGAGUUGGCCAAAGCUGUUUGGCUCUUUGUUGAGUGCAGCUACUGGAAACCAUCACUGGUUUUGCUGGGGAGGAUGUUCUGGAGCUGCCCCGGUGCAGAGUUGGGAUCACUUGGCACAGGGAAGGCAGAGCUGCUUAUUCUGACACAUCCCAGGAGUGGAUCCAAGCCACACUUCCAUGUCUCAGUACAACUGCAGGACUGUUUUCUACACACAGACAGGAUUGUUUUUCUUACCUAGAGUAACAUUAAACAGUGAGGGAAUGUGGGAUUCCUUUCCUGUGUAAAGAAAGAAAUAAAGCAUCAUGCUCUGGCUGGA